GAAAAUUUCUUGGAAUAAAAUUAUCGAAAAGUAAAACUUUUGACUUUUGACAACUAUUCUUUGCAAAAGUGAACACCGUGUUGAAAGUGAACAUCUGAUGAUCCCUGAGGAUAAUUCUCUAGAGUUUAAAUAUGCCCUUGCACUCUUGUUCACGGAUUUCUUCUUAAAUCUAUGUGAUCACAUCCAUUCCCAUUGCAUGUGGAACGAUUCCCGUGUUUAUCGUAGAGGUGCAGUUUGGCAGCCGCGAUUUUGGAAAUCCUACUAUCCAAGUGAAUAAGCCGCUAAUAUUAGAUCGUCGAAAAGCGUGGAAAGCACGUACACGGACACGGAUGUAGCGUGGUCUUUUUCGAAACACACGAGGUCUCCACCCGUGUUGGACACCUUCCUCCGGAGCGUGGGUCGUAUUCCCGCCAUCUUUCACGACUAUAAGAGGGAGCAGCCCUCGGACCAAGCACUUCAGUCCUCUUCAAGAAACUACGCAGGAUACAAGGAUGGCUCUCGAACGUCAAGUGCGCGCCAAGAUCGCUGCAAAGCGCAAUCCAGAACAGGAAAAAGAAGCCCAAGAAUGGAUCGAGUCUAUUUUGGGCAAAAAAUUCCCACCUGGUGAACUGUUCGAGGAUGUUAUUAAGGAUGGACAAGUGCUGUGUCAUCUGAUGAACAAGAUUUCCCCAGGAUCGAUCUCGAAGAUAAACAGCUCUGGUGGCCAAUUCAAAAUGAUGGAAAACAUCAACGCGUUCCAAAAAGCUUUAAAGGAUUAUGGCGUAUCUGACGUUGAUGUAUUCCAAACAGUCGACUUGUGGGAGAAAAAAGACAUCGCACAGGUUGUGACGACUCUCUUUGCUCUUGGUCGUACGACGUAUAAACACCCAGAAUGGAAAGGACCCUAUCUAGGACCUAAACCAGCUGAUGAAUGCAAACGUGAAUUCACCGAGGAGCAACUACGUGCUGGGCAAACCGUGAUUGGUCUACAAGCCGGUUCCAAUAAAGGUGCUACCCAAUCGGGUCAAAGCAUUGGUGCCACCCGUAAGAUUCUUCUAGGAAAGUAAAUCCUAAUUGGCUGGUUUAGAUCCGAGAAAAAUUUAUAUUUUGUAUGUACGUGUAUAUAUAUAUUGUACUUAUUUUGUAUUUUGUAAUUAAAUAAUAUAUAUAUAUAUAUAUAACAUAUAUUUAUAAUUUAA